GGAAACACAGCUUCAGCCAUUAGACUGAGUUUCUAGUUAAGACUGAGCCAACUCAAAGAAGCAAAUCUUAUAGAUUCUAAUGAGUGUGCAGAGAAGUGAAGGAAAACAAUAGUAACCAAACAGACACUUUCUUGAAAUUUUUUUUAAUCAUCAAAUAUUUUGUGGUAUCUUUUUUAUUUUUGUAUAGUUUUUUUUGGAGAAAGGAUUUUUGGACAUUUUCCAAUGCUUGGAACAAUAACUCUAACAGUUGGCCAGCCAGAUGCUGUGUCUGUGGCUCAGAAAGAGGAGGCUCCCGAGACAAUGGACACCGUCCAGGAUGAAGUGGCUCCUCAAGUGAAUGGCGAGAAAGUGGAGAAAGAGUCUCCUGAUGCCAAUGACAUCUCCGCUGUUGAGGAGAAAGCAGCGGAGGAGAAACCUGAUGACGCUAGUGAAGUAGGCUUCAAGAAGAUCUUCCGCUUUGUUGGCUUUAAGUUCACACUGAAGAAGGACAAAAGCGAAGAAAAAGAACCUGUGAAGCUACUGACAGUCAAAGAUAAAGAAGGAGAGGAGGUUAGUGGGACUGAUGAACCUAAAAAGGAGGAGGAGGCUGCCACUGCUGAGGAGAAGAGCACAGCUGAAGAAAAGGAAACUGAUACAGAAGCAUCCACUGCUGAGGCCAUCAUUGAAGAUAGUGACAAAGCUGAAACCACUGAUGCCCCAGCUGAAGGCACUGUCACUGAAGCCACUGAUGAGGCAGCAAAGGACGAAGGAGCUGAGAAGGAAGGAGAGACCACUCCGCCAUCACAGGAGACUACCCUGUCCCCUUUCAGGAAGCUUUUCAGUGGAGGACUAUUCUCUAACCUGAGAAAGAAAUCCAGCAUCAAGAAGACAAAAGAGGAGGAAGACAAGGAGGCAGCUGUUGAGGAGGAGACGGCUAAGACAGAAGAAACUGCUGCUGCUGCUGUGGAAGAAAAGGAGGAGAAGGAUGGGGAGGAGCAAGAAACUAAGGAGGCGGAACCAGCAACUUCUGGGGAAGAAAAAACAGAGCCCAAGGAGGAGGCACCUGCUACUCCAGAGGAAGCCAAAUCAGAGACUACCCCAGAGCCUGAAGUCACCGUUGAAACCCCUGCUCCUGCUGCAACUAUCACUGAUGAGACCAAACAAGAAGAGGUGAAGGCUGAACUUAGUGCAGAAGAGGAGAAGGCUCCAGCAGAGGUGAUUUCUGAGGCUGAGCUGCUAUCUUCACAGGAGAAGGCAAAGCCCCACGGAAGCCCCCUGAAGAAGCUUUUCACUGGUGCUGGCUUGAAGAAGCUCUCAGCUAAGAAACAGAAGACCAAGAAAGAUACUGAGACCAAGCUCACUGAGUCUGGGGAGCAAGCAGCUGAGCAGCUUCAAUCCUCCACUGAGUCAGCAGAGGCACCAAAAGCUGACAGUGGACCUUCAUCUCCAGAGGAGUCAGGGGAGCAUGUUAUUGCUGUGGAGGUGACCCAGAAUGAGUCUAGCCAAGAUACUGAAGGUGAAGUUGUUUCUGAUGGAGAGAAGAAAAAAGAGGGUAUCAUUGCCUGGUCCUCCUUCAAGAAACUAGUAACACCCAAGAAGCGUGUGAAAAGGUCUUCUGAAAGUGAAGAUGAAGCCACGUGUGAGAAGACAGCAAAGUCAGCCACCCUGUCCUCAUCUGAGAGUGCCCAAUUAGCAGAUAAGAGUGUUGAGGAGGAGGUUAAGGAGGAUAAGCCAACUGAGGAAGAGCCAAAGACCGAAAACACUGAGAAACUGGUCAGCAGCACCGAGGAGCCCAAAAAGAAAAUGGACACUUCUGUCUCUUGGGAGGCUCUAAUGUGUAUGGGUGGACCCAAAAAGAGAACUAGGAGGACCUCUGAUUCUGACGAUGAGGAGAUCAAACUUGAAGAGGAAUUGCCUGCAGCAGCAGUAGAAGGGGAGCAGGAGGGCAAAACUGAAGCUGCUAUUGUCACUUCCCAAAACACAGAGAGUGACGGUGAAGUUGUUUCAUCCCCUGAACCCCAUGAGAAAGAGUCUGCCUGGGACACACUGAAACGCAUAGUUAUGUCAAAGAAUAAGAGCAAAGAAGACAAGCAAGAGGAGACUGCAGAACAAGUCCAGUCAGACAGUGAAGCACCAAAAGAUGAGUCAUCAUUCUCUUUGAAGAAGUUCUUGCCUGGACGCAGAAAGAAGAAGGCUGAAAAACAAGCCUCCACUGAACAGGGCUUAAGUGAAGACGACUCUGACACCCCAGCUGUGGUUCCUCUUUCAGAGUAUGAUGACCAAGGCAAAGCUGAACAGGAGGCACCAGCAGAACCAACGGCAGUCCAGAUUAAAGUGUCUGCUGAAGAUAGAUCCCCUUCAUGGAUCCCAGCCAUUGUUGAAGACAUCGAUGAUAAACAUGAGGAGCUGAGUGACAUUCCAGAAGAGGCUGAGAAUGCUGCCACGCCAAAGUCUGUUGACACCGACGUUGCAGAGGAUGAAACUGAGGGCGAGGCUGCUCUGCCCCCUAAAACUCUAAGUCACAGAGAGCGCAGACUGUCCACAGCUGAGGUGAAGCCUGUUGCUCCGACUCCAGUUGCUGAAACAACUUCUGUUCCUCAGGGACCCAAGCUGGAGAGCGCGAAUGAGGUUAUGGUGGGCAUAGAGGCCCAAAUCAGUGAAAUUCCACCCAGACAAUCUGUGACUGUUGAAGAUGUACCAAUAGAGGUAGCCUCUGAAAAAACAGAGUGUGAACCGUCAACUAAGAAUGCUGAGACCAAGACAAAAACCAUCCUGAUGUCACACACUCCUGAUGAGGCCAUGGCUAUCUGCACUGGCCUAGGAACCAGGGAGAUUACCAAAGUAACUCUGGAGAAACCUACAAUGCCCAUCAUAGAGUCUGUGGCUGUGAUCAGUGAUGCUCUAAGCACAGAGGUGUCAAAGGAAGAGAAGCCAGCAAGUACAGAGGAAGCCACUGUUACAGAAGAUGCAGUGCUCAUUGCCCAGUUGCACCAAGUAGAAACCAUCGAGCUUGAGCCUGCUGUUGAAAUUUCACUAAGUGAAGUGGACACUCAAGCAGCCAGUGAGAGCUAUGAGCCAGCGUUUGAGAUGGCCGGUAUUGUCACCACUGUUGUGGAGAAGUCUGAAGUCCUUCAGACUACCACCAUGAGCGAGAACUCUCCUAAUGCUGUUGUAGUCAUUACACCAACAUCCGAAACAGCUGUUUGCAUCCAGAGCGUGGAAGUCACUGAACCAACUGUAGAAACCAAGGAGGUAAUAAUGGAUGUGGAGCUGCUUACUGCCACUAAAGAAAAUAUCCUUGUUACAGAGGUAGUUCAGGAAGUGACCGAAGGGAUAGCUGUCACCUUCACAAAGGAGACUGAGCCAGCCACCACCACAGUGGUACCAAAUGAGGAGGUUCCUGUUGUCACUGAAACCCUAGUCCUUGUGGCUGCUCUCAAUGUCGAGUCUGACCAAGUGGCAACAUCAGGCGCAGUGACCAUGGAAAACGCAUCACUGUUAGAGUCAGUCAGCAUGCAGGAAACCGAGGAGGAGGGUAUAGCUGUAGAGACUGUGGAGGUCAGUACCAUUCAAACAGCAGAGUUGGAGAUCACUGCAGUCAUUGAGCAGGCCGGUGAGGAGAUGAAAGAAGUCAAGGAGGAGGUCCAGCAGGCCAGUGAAAUUGAGGCACAGAGCAUGGUCAUUGCCCAAGCUGUCAUUCAGGAUGCUAUGGAUAAAGUUUCAGAAGCGCCUGAACCCAAAAAGCCCACCACCCCAACAGCCACCAUCCCAGAACCAGUCCAGGCUGUAGCAACAACAGAGAAAGAGAUUGAGAUCACAAAUGAGACCCCAGUUAUCACUGACCCCCCUGUUGCUGUCGUCUGCGAAAAGCCAGCACCAGAGUCACCUAAGCCCCUCUGUAUUGCAUUGGAGGUCUUUGACACAGUCCCAGUAGAGACUAUAAAGAGCAUUGAUGCCUCUGUAGAGGAGGAGAAGAAACCAAAAGAAGGGUUGAAGAAAGCUGUGGAGGUAAAUGUAAGUGAAGAGACUGUUGUAGUGGAAGAAGUGGUGGAGAUAAAGGCAGAGAGUCAGACAGGUGAGGAGCUUGAACAGGUCAAGGAGGAACAGAGCAAAGAAGACACAAAGGUUCAGGACCCAGAUGUUCAAGAAGCAGCUGAGAAAGUGAAACCGCAAUUAGAGGAAGCAAAGUCAGAGGAGAAAAAAGACAAAGUGCUUAAGAUUCACAUGCCAGUCCAACUGGUGCUGCAGACAGCGCAGGUGAUUGAGGCACCAUCAGUGGAAGUAGAGGCUGCGGUGGAGUUUGACAGCAACGGCCCCGUGGCUGAAGACGUUAAACCUGAGAGCUCUUCCAGUGAAAACAAACUCUCAACUCUGACAGAAGAACCUCAAGUGACAGCUACAGAAGAGCUUUCCGCUCCCAGCCAAGUCACAGAGGCAGAAGCCAGCCAACCAGAGACAGAGAAAACAUCAUCGGUGAAGUGUGCAGAAGUGAUGGCGCAGGUGAUCGAGGUGAUUGAGGAGGCUGUGAAGGAGAUCGAACCUGUGUCCACAGAGAUCACAACAGCAUCAUGAGCAGCUGAAGAUUCAAGACUGAUGCCUGGGAGACACACUGUCUGGACCAGGAAGUGAGUGAUGAGGAAGAGAGAGAGAGAGAGAGAGAGAAAGAGAGAGAAAGAGGCAGCUCUGUGGUAACACACUGAGACUGGGCUCCACCCAUCCCGCCCAGAGAGACUGAGUGACUGAGCAACAGCUCCGCCAUUCUCUCCACCUCCCCUUCCACCUGUACUCCAACCCCAUCCUGCAGUGCUGUCACUGCCAUGUGACGUACCACCACCAUAUCCUCACCCACUCACUCACUCUCUCAAACACACACACUAAAGCAUGUCCUGUGCCUCACAAGCAUCCAAUCCGGCUUGUAAUCAGUGUGAUGUAUAUUCAGCGUUUCAGUGACUUUCCAUUGCCCUAGCUGCAUAAGACCAGAGGCUGCAACCUGGUUGAGUGUGUAUCUGUUCGUAUGUGUGUGCGCGUGGGUUUGUAUGUGUAAAGUAGCGAGAGUGAGAUGGUGUCAGAUGGUGAAGAGAUGGAGGAUUAUUAUCUUGUACAUUGUAUUUAUAUCUUGAGUAUUCUUUCAUUCACCCCUAAGUCUUUAUUUUUUAAUUUUUUGCCCUAUUUUGUUAUUGUAUGGACAUUGUUGCCUGUUUUAACAUUAAGCUGUCAUACAUCAGGUAUCGUUUUGAGCAACAUUAUGAGUCAAUUUAACGAUUAAUGCAGAGAAAACAAAAAGAAGCUUCUAGUAAAAUGUACCAAAACAAAUGUGAGACUGUUGCAUGUAAGUGACCGGUGUAUUACAGCUUUUAUAGUCAUAUUCAGUGAUUAUUUCAUGACUCUGUAGCAGUUAUAGCUAAACCAUGGUACAAGUGUGAUUCCACUGACUGAGGAAAACAACAAGAGGGCAGAGAGUAUGGUCAUAUCUACCAGGAAUGCAGCACAUGUUUGACUUUUGACACUUUCUCUUGUCACAAUGUGUUCUCACUCUGCACCCAGACAAACUAAAUAUGCUUCAUGUAGAUAAGACAAACAAUCACUGCCUGAUUUACUGUGAAAAAGACUUUGUUUAGAGAUUGUUACACAUUGUUUCAUAUAAUAAUACAAUAAAAUACUAUUAUAACAACUCAUUUGAUCAUGUGGCAGAGGUAUUUGGUAAACAGUGCAAAACAUACAUAUGCCAAUUUUUGACACUGGAAGAGUCAUACUGCAUAGACGUGUGCAUGUAACAAAUAUAAAGCAUAUCAUGUUCACAGUGUUUAAUGGCCAUGUUUUUGAGUUACUGCGUGACAUACUGUAUGUAUUAUUGUGUAGCAGUUUUAAGUUGACCACCUUCCUUACUACAAAAUAUUUAUAUUUCUUGAUGAAAACAUAGUAUGUUGACGCCCUCUGUUGCCUACAAAUAGUAGUGCACCCUUUACUCUUCAGCCAUUGGUGUCAACUGUAUGUUAUAAUAAUGGUGAUAAAGUAUAAAAAUGAUCUUUGGUUAUUUCAGUCUUAUAGUACCUGCUCACAUGUUGUGUUCUUCACCCAGCAUGAUUGCUCAGGUUCAUUAAACUGGCACCAGGGAGGACGUAGACUUCACUGGUUGUUGAUUUAGAGAGGCACAGACACCGACUGCAUGGUACCAGAAGCUAAUUUUACUCUUAAUUUAAAAGCCAAAUUGAGUUAAGAUCAAUCAGGGAGUUAAGAUCAAUCAGGGAGUCAUGGUCUUUCCAUUUCUCACAGUAUUAAUCAAAUUCCUAAAGCAUCUACUCAGCUACUUUCAGUCACGCAUCAAACCUAAGUAAUAAGGAAAUGGCUUAUUUUGUUUAUUGGUAAAGUGGGAGGUAUUUGUUUAUUUGCUAACACAUUUAGCAAAAUUUGCACCAUCACUCAUUCAGAUAUCUUGAGAAUGAACUGAGUGUUGUAGCCAGUGAUUUGAAUUAGGUGGCUGACACAAGCAGCUCUAGACGCUCGCAUUUCACUCAGCUUUAUGACCAAACAAAGUACAGACCCCAGUUAGGUCACCACUUUCCUAUGACUUUGACUGUGGGUGUGUCACAUCCAUACUUGCUUUAUGUAAAAAUAAGUGAUUAAAAAAGACAGACUGAACUAAAGACUUUUGCUAUUGUGUAAUGUAAAGCAUUUAGUUUUGCAACUCGCCCACUUCAGUCCUCCCUGCUUUUUGUAACACAAUCAACUGUGAACCUGUUUAACAUUUGUACAGAUUGUAUUGUAUUGUAUGUACUUAAAAAUCAUAUUGUUGUAAUAUUAACUAAUAACUUGCAGCAAUUUAGCACCAAUAUUCAUGUAGCAUGGUCUUAGUUGUCUUUUAUAUUUUCCAAGCUGUUAAUAGUAAGGAUACAGAAACUUGUCUAUAUUUCAUUCAAUAAAGUUAGAGAAAAUUGCUGUGCA